GCGAAAGAAGAAGCUGAACGUAAAGAACUAGAGGAGCUUAAGAAGAAAGAAAAAGCUCGUAAGGCUAAGGAAGAAGCUGAACGAAAGGCGAAAGAAGAAGCUGAACGUAAAGAACUAGAGGAGCUUAAGAAGAAAGAAAAAGCUCGUAAGGCUAAGGAAGAAGCUGAACGAAAGGCGAAAGAAGAAGCUGAACGUAAAGAACUAGAGGAGCUUAAGAAGAAAGAAAAAGCUCGUAAGGCUAAGGAAGAAGCUGAACGAAAGGCGAAAGAAGAAGCUGAACGUAAAGAACUAGAGGAACUUAAGAAGAAAGAAAAAGCUCGUAAGGCUAAGGAAGAAGCAGAUAGAAAGGCGAAAGAAGAAGCAGAUAGAAAGGCUAAGGAAGAAGCUGAUAGAAAGGCGAAAGCAGCAACACCAUCGCCAUCUCCAUCUCCUUCACCAUCAAUAGCGGCUCCUGUGAGACAAUUUGGUGCAUGGGGUGCUGAUUUAGUCAAAGAUGCUGCACAAGGAAUUGGAAAGGAACUGAAGAACACAACAUUAGGUACAAUAGAGCGUUUUGGUAAUCUUACGGAUUACACAAUUAGAUCAGCUGCUAAUCUUUUAUAUAACCAGACUACUGAUAACGGUACUGAUGAAUUGGCUGUAAACGGACUAGCAUCAAUUAAGAAAUCAGCAGAAGAUAAAUACGAUGAAUGGAAAAAGAAUAUUAAGGGUGAAUAUAAUAAGUAUGCAUAUCCUGAAGAACAUAUGAAGUUAGAGCUUACCAGACUAAGAUCAAAAUAUGGUAAUGAAACAACAAAUACUACAACGCAAACGACGAAAGCUGACAGAAAGAUUGAUGACACUCCUACUCCAACUCCUGCAAUGGCGAACAUCACAACAAUUGCUCCAAGAGUUCCAACAGGAGAAGGUAUAUCAGGAAAUGUUUCAACUACUCAUAACAUUACUGAAGCAGCUAAUGUUUCAGCAGUUGAGCAACCUGUUGUUAAUGUAACUCAGGAAAACGCUACUGAAACAUCAACACCAAGACAGGAUGUAAAUAAUGAACGUCCAGAAGUUAAGGAGGUUGCAAAAGCAUACCUGGAGAAAAAUACUACACAAGUUCUUGA